GUGAUUUUUGUGGUGAGAUUUUAGAGAGUAUUUUGCAUCAAAAUUCCAAUAUCAAUCACACAUUUGAGCGAAUUUGAUUACUAAGUGAAGUAACUUUGCUAGCUUUUGGAUUAAAGAUUGCAAGAGAAGAAUAUAUGGAUAAACAGUGGAUGUCAGCAAAUAGGUUAUCUGCGGAAUUUAGGAACGGGGUUGAUUUGUUCUUAAGGUUUUGUUCGGAAAAUGUGAAAGACCCAAAUUUUACUUAUUGUCCAUGUCUUAAGUGUGGAAAUGUUAAAAAGAUGGAUCUUAAAAAGAUUAAAGAACACUUAUAUUUCAAUGGGAUCGACAAGAGUUACAGAAUUUGGUAUUACCAUGGGGAGAUAGCUCCGAUUGCUCCAACUCUGCCAAGUAGACCAAAAGGAGUGAGGAGGAAUAUAGUGGAGGAGAACUGGGAUCCAUUAGAUGAAAUGAUUGACGACGCACAUUAUGGAUCAGGAGUAGACCCAAAUAAGUUUGAGACACUCCUUAAUGAUGCCGAGAAACCAAUUUACCCUGGUUGUACAAGAUUUACAAAAUUAUCUGCGCUUCUUAGGUUGUACAAUAUAAAAGCUAAACAUGGCUGGAGUGAUAAAAGCAUUACUGAGUUAUUUGGUUUCUUGAAGGAGUUAUUGCCUGAAGUUAAUGAAAUUCCAAUUUCAUUUUAUGAGGCAAAGAAGACAUUAUGCUCAUUAGGCAUGCAGUACGAAAAAAUUCAUGCAUGUCCUAAUGAUUGCAUAUUGUAUCGAAAUAGUUUUGCAGACGCAAAAUCGUGUCCUACUUGUGGUGAGUCACGAUGGCAAAUGAAAAGAAAUGGUGACGAUGUCAAGGAAGGAGUACCUGCCAAAGUUUUGUGGUACCUUCCGCCAAUUCCUCGUUUCAUCCGAUUGUUUAGAAAUGUCGAACAUGCUAAAAGUUUGUCGUGGCAUGCUAAUGAAAGAAUAAAGGAUGGUAAAUUAAGACAUCCAGCUGACACCCUUGCUUGGAAGAGAGUUGAUUUGAAGUGUUCUGAUGAGGGAGAGCAACGCCCUAAUUCUCAGUCAGUGGAGCAAGAAAAUAAAUCUAUGGAUCGUGAACAUGCAAUGGGGGCUACUGAAGGUUCUUGCAGUAAUAAAUAUGAACAAGAAAUGACUGAACUUCGAGCGGCAGUGAAUAGACAAGAUGAAAAAAUUGAGAAAUUGUUAGCAGAACAACGACAAAGAAAAGCACCAUCACCACCUCCUGAAACUCCAACUCCAACACCACCACCUCCACCUCCACAAGCCCCACAUGCAAUGCACCCCAUGGAACCACUAUAUGGACGUUUUCGAAAACAACACCCACCAGUAUUUGAAGGUAGCACUGACCCACUUGACGCACAAGACUGGAAGACACUACAAGAAACCAGUUCUUUGCCGGUGCAAUCCGGAAUUGCGCCGGUAGGUGGGCAUACUUUUGCCGGCGCGUUUAGUUGCGCCGGAAAAAGUGCAAAAACGCGCCGGCAAAAGUCGAGAUAA